GCGCGGUGUGGUUCGGCGCUCGAGCGGCUCAGAGGACGGGACCGUUUGGUUUUUUAAAAAAAACCGCCUUUUUUUAAAAAACCGUGAAGCGCCGGAGGUUUCUGCGGGAAGGAGGAGGCGAAGGGUUGAGAAAAUGCCAGCCAAAACGUUCUCAGAUGGUGAAAUGGUAAUGGGCCGUUGGCCAGGUAGUCACCUAUACUACGAGGUGCAAGUGACGGGUUACAACAAGAACACCCAGUUGUAUACAGUAAAGUACAAGGAUGGGACUGAACUGAAUCUUAAAGAAAGUGAUAUUAAGUCCUUAAAUUUCUUUAAAACAAAGAAAAGCAGUUCGAGGUCGGGUUCCCGACAGCGCAGUCGAUCUCGAUCGCGUUCUCCUGCUAGGACACAGACUCCCAAGCACUCAAACUCCCGGGGCAGGGAGCCUAGGAAACCAGUGGAGAAGGAGGAAGUGCAAAAGGAAGAUAUUAGUAAACUGAAACCUGUCCAUCAGGUCCAGGAAAACAGUACCAACAACAAAACUACUUAUGUGACAGACUACACGGAGGAGAAGAACAAGGUCUACAGACUCGUUGAGCACAAGACACGCAAGGAAAUUUUAACAGAUCAGUUGGGCCUGCCUUACAGUCUACAAGCCAGGAGGGAAGAGGCAAAACUUGUAGACCUGGAGGCAAAAGAUGGCCAUCUGUAUGCUAAGAAGCAAGCGGUGCAGAUCCAAGAGCAGGGAUUCGGAGCACGAGUUGGGGCUGCCUUCAUGAUAUUGUUGUUGCCAGUUGUUCUCAUUCUCCUGCUGUUGAUGUGUGCACAAGAUGAUCCCAGUAUUCUGAGCUUUCCACCUCGAAUUCCACCUCUCCAGACCCUAUGGAAUGGUACUGCCCUUGGCAUCUUUGUUCUGUGGUUCCUUUUUCAGGCACUACUUUACUUGUUGCCGAUUGGAAAGGUUAUUGAAGGAGUACCACUAGCAAAUGGAAAGACACUUAAAUACAGAAUCAAUGCAUUCUAUGCCUUUCUGAUGUGUGCUACGGCGAUAGGAGUUGCUCUGUACAAUGAGGUGAACCUGAGCUACAUUUACGAUUACUUGCUACAACUUGCAGUCUCUGCCAUGAUGUUCGCCUUUGUGUUCAGUAUUUACUUGUAUGCACGUUCCUGGCGUGUUCCUGCAGAUGAACUGGCACCCGAAGGAAAUACUGGUAGUUACGUUUAUGACUUCUUUAUUGGACGUGAAUUGAAUCCUCGUAUUAGAAACUUUGAUCUGAAGUACUUCUGCGAGCUACGCCCAGGACUGAUGGGCUGGGUUGUCAUUAACUUGGGAUUGCUGUUUGCUGAGAUGAAGGUGCAGAACCGUGAUGUUCCCUCACUGGCAAUGAUCCUCGUGAACUGCUUCCAGCUUCUCUACGUACUUGAUGCACUAUGGAAUGAGGCAGGAAUUCUGACGACUAUGGAUAUUGUGCACGAAGGCUUUGGUUACAUGCUGGCAUUUGGCGAUCUGGUCUGGGUACCUUUUGUGUACAGUCUGCAAGCUUUCUAUCUGGUUAACCACCCGAAUGAACUGAGCUGGCCCUUAGCCCUGGCAAUCAUUGCUCUCAACACUGUCGGUUAUAUCAUAUUCCGGGCAGCCAACUCGCAGAAGAAUGCCUUCCGAAGGAACCCUCAUGACCCCAAAUUGGCACAUUUGAAAACUAUCCCCACUGCAACAGGGAAGAGUCUAAUUGUUUCUGGAUGGUGGGGAUUUGUCCGUCACCCAAACUACCUGGGAGAUCUCAUCAUGGCUUUGGCUUGGUCUCUGCCCUGCGGCUUUGAUCACAUCCUUCCGUAUUUCUAUAUCAUUUACUUCACUUGCUUGCUCAUUCAUCGUGAGGCCAGAGAUGAGCAUCAGUGCAGGAAGAAGUAUGGUGUGGCUUGGAGCAAGUACUGCCAGCAGGUCCGGUACCGGAUUGUCCCCUACGUCUACUGAGCAAAUCUGUGCACACAACUGAUCUGUUGUUUUAAAGUAAAACAAGAUGAAGGCAGAUUGUUCAACUGGUAUUAAUCAUGUGACUUGUUUUUUAAAAAAAAGUAUUUAUAUAUUUUUUCAUUUCUACCCUGUCCUGUCAUAUUGUUUGGAAAUAAAAAUCUUUACUUCAUUCACCGUCAGCCACGUGCUUUGUCACUGCAAAGCACGGAAGCUUUCUGACAAGUUUGAAGACCUUUUUUUGUCCAACAUGUGGGUAAUCGUUCCUUGUUGUGCAGUUUUGGUAUAUUACUCACUUCACAGAAGUCUUAGCUUAUCUCAGGGAUUUGACAAAGUGGAACACUCUGUAAUUGGGACAUUAAUGUUUAUCAUGACUCACCUUUAAGAACACAAAGUUCUUCAUUGACUUAAUGCCAUCUGUAAUGUCUCUUAAAUUGAAAUGGCUGCUUUUUAAAACAAGGACUCUCCAUUAUCUUCUGCCCUUCGUUUCUUCCUACGGGGGUCACAGUGACUCACACUCUCCUCUCCUCCACAUCGUCACAAUUACGGGCUCCUUGAGAAAAACUUUUCAAAUUUGCCACGGUCUUCCAUGUUAAAAAUAUGACACCAGUCACAGCAAUUUCACAUCUUUGUGUAAUUUGGCUGAGGUUUUCUCCUUCACUCACCAGGGUUGAGAAUAGGCAAGUCCAGAACCACGCCAGCUGAAUGUUCUGAUGCCCACUCCAGUUACUGCCAUUCUUCCCCUCACACUAUUCUUCCUUCUCCACUUGCCCGUUCAAAGUCAGCUGAACUCUAACUGAGAAUGUGGUAUUUGGGUUGUUUGGGUAGGGCAUGGGUUCGGUCUCUUACUGAAACUCCUCACACAGUUAGCCUGUUUGUUACUGACUUUCUUCUCCUCACCUCUUCCCCCUCUCCAACCUUCCUCCAUUCAAAAUAAUAAAAAUUAAACCAGGCACUUCAUGCUGGGCAUCUAGAAAAUUCCAAACCUGGUAAACUCUAAGUUUUUAGACGUACUGCUUCCCGAUUUUGCUUUGUGUGUGUACUAAGGUUUUGGUUGGAUUUCAUGAUAAAAUGAAGCUGUACAGUGCUUGGCUGUCUGGUGUGAACAGCAGUCAAAAUGCAUUUUAGUCGCUAGGUUCCUUUGAAUGUUCUGCUGGUGCCUAGAAUUAACUGGGCUCUGUCUGGUUUGCGUGAAUUGGUGUAAGAAGAAAUGGGCAUGUACUGUACUGCAGUGAAGCCUUCUAUGUGAAGGUAAAUUGUGCUCACAGCAGUUUGGACUUUUUAAAGUGCUGUUGGUAUGCAAGGUGAUAAUUCUUGCAACUGCACUGAAACUUCAUUUCCAGUAAGGUGGAGUAAAGUCUUCUGAAAUAUUUGUCAUGGGGUUAGUUUUUUCUAGUAAGCAAAGACCAGAUCUUUAAAGUUACAAGCUGGUUCUUUAAUAAAAAGCCAUUGCUUUGUGUUGUUUUUUUGUUUUGUUUGAUUGGGUGCUGAAGGGUAUAUUUUAUCUCCUGGAAAUGGGCAAUAAUUCUAUGAAUCUGUACGUGUGCACCAAAGGCCCAAGUAGCCCAGUUUUCCUGAUUGCAGAAUUGAAUAGAAAUGGGAUGGGCAUGGUUCUGUCCCCAUUCCUAGCUCUUGAAGAGUUGCACUGUGAAAAUAUGAACGCCACUUCACACAUUGUUUCAGAUAUGGGCUUUGCUGCCUUAACUGUGGCUCACCAGCAGGAAAGCUGUCACAAACUUAAUUGGAGAUGCUUUAAUUUUUGAGAUAAUAUGAAGCAGACACAUUGACAGGGGCAGGUGGAGGUGGGUCUCCCUAAAGCAGUAACCACGGGGAGUUAUUUACAGGAUUGGACCCUGGGUCUUCACUCACCACCCCCCCUCUGUUGUAUUUUGUGCUUCUUUUCCAGAGUGCUGUUUUAACUGGCACUUGUUUUAAACUGAUGCAAACCACUUGAAUUGAAAUUCAUUUUAUGAUCAAGGCAUUGGGGAGGGAGGGGGGUGGUUUGAAAACUGGCAUUUGAUCUGAAAAUGUUGUGGUAUGUGAGCAACGAGCUGUUCCAGUACUUGGCAGCCUGUUGGUACUGGAUGCAGUGUCUUUGUUCAGUGGCCUAUGCAUUUCCUUUUGAAGGGUUAUGUCAUUCUCUUUGUAACCAAUUGCAGUAUUAACGAAUAGUUUAAGGUGUAACUACCCUCAGAUGUGAACUAGAGCACUGGAUCAGCCACUCUCACCCUUGCCUGGGGCGAGCUGCUGUUGGUCCACUCCCUCAGCAGCCAAACAGCAGAGAGCUUCCUACAUCCUCUCAUUUUCUCAGUUUAUGUUUGAUGCAAAUUUUGAAUUCUGCUGACGUAGAAUAUAUCAGAUGUACAAUUUUAACAAGAGGACAUUUUGAUGUGUUCUUGAUUUAUGCAGCUUUGUUGAGUACAUUUUCAUGUAUAAAACAUGUUAAUGGGAAUUGCAGUAUUUCAGAUGGAGUUCAGGUUGUCCACCUUCACUGUACUCUCAGUUCUCUACUGGGGUCUGUGGCAAUGUCUUUCCAAAAGUGUGCACCUACUUAGAUCUACAUCAGCAACUGGGACAAAGGGAGUUUGGUGUUGUAAAUGUUUUAGUUCAGAGGAAUCUGUGUCCCCCUAACCCUUGCUUUCUGUAAGCUGCUCCCCACUCGCCCUUCUGAAUUCAGUGGACACAGGUCCAGCCCAUCCAACCCUUCCCUUGUGAGGCAUACUGCCCAUUCCAGGUCUCAGCCCUUCUCUGAAUGGCUUCGAAUGUGAAUCUUUCCUUAAAUAAGGAGACCAAUACUUUACACAGUACUCCUGAUGUGCUCUUACCAAUGCCCUAUAGAAUGGAAGCAUGACCUCCCUAUUACAUUCAAUUCCCUAGCAAUAAGUAAUAUUAGUGUUGCUAACUUCUUGCUGCACCUGUGUACUUAUCUCGUGUGAAUCACUGCACAAGGACACUGAUGCCACUGUAUCUUAGAGCACUAGAAUCUCUCAUACCAUGUGUUACUUCGUAGAAGUCAACCAUUUCCCUUCCACAAAACCUUGAAAUUUUUUCCAAAUGCCCUGCAGUAAUACCUUUAAUAGAUUUUAUCAUUUUCCCAAUGACAUUUUAAGUUAACUGGUCCAUAGUUUUCUGUUUUUGGUCUCCCCUUUUUGAACAAAGGAGUCACAUUUGCUGUUGUCCAAUCUAAUGGGACAUUCCCUGAAUCUAGGACAUUCUGGAAAAUUAAAACCAGCGCAUCUGCAGCAAUGGCAUCUGCAUUUUUUAAUAAUUGCCUCAACUGGCCGCCUCUUUUAAAUCCUAAAAUAAAAUCCAUCGAGCCCUGGAGCCACAUCAACCUGCAGUUCUAACUGCAAAUAUUUCUUACCGCUGUCUCCAGAGUAACAAUUGGAAUAGAAUUACUGUUCAAAGUGGCUUGGGGGGAGACAAAGAGAAUUAACACUUACAGCAGUUUUUCCAGGAUUCCAUGUUUGGCCCUUGUGCUAUCUAUGUAUGUGACCAAUGGUAUGGAUAAUAAGGUGGUGUGGUGUUUAAGAUGCUGUAGAUGUGACGUUGUGGUGGGCAUGAACUAAAUGAGACUGGCAGCUGGUGACUGACUGGCUUAAGAGAGUGAUCCACAUGGAUCCCUUGGAUCAUUUUAUAUCAGACAGGAGAGGACUAGUAUUGGGGGAAAAAAAUUGACAAUAUAUACAUAUUGAACAAGAAAUAGGAUUGUAUCCAAGAAACGGGUUCUGCCUCAUUGUACAGAUUACACCUGGAUCUCUCCAUAGCACACAUCCUCCCUGCCCCACUCCAAUCAAAUUAUCACUCAGUAAAAUCCGUGUGAGAAAUUGGCCCAUUAUAAUUACAGCCUCCACUUGCAAUUGGAACUCCAUCUGAAAUCCUGUUAACUUCAUCCAGACACAGCAGAUGAGUUUUGCUGAGUCUGUUGUAUUUGAGAUGAGGAAAAUGACUGUAACUAGUAGCUUUGUUUUGGGGGAAUUGGUGGGUGGGUAAGGUGGGUAGAAGGGAUGUGUUUUUGAUUUUUAUUGUAAUUGCCUGUAUAACAAUAUCCAUUGUACAGUGAGAUUUACCUUUAUUUUUUUGCUGGAAUAAAGAUUUGCAAUAAGUUG